AGAGUCUCACACUUCACUCACUCUGCAGACUUAAACCCAAAACCCAAACCCCCAAUUUUCUCGAGAAAAAGAUGAAUUUCCCGGAACCCAAACAGCCCCAGCAAUGGCCUUCACUACCCAAACCUCCACUCUCCAUCCUCCAACAAGCUCUCAGCCAUCUCCAAAACCAUUGCUGCAACCUCCUCCACCACCAUCUUCACCAAAAUGCACUCUUCAAUGCUCCUCCCUUCUUCAACCCCAACCCUUCCUCUCUCAAGACCCAGCUCGAUUCCACCCUCUCGAGCCUCCGCCACCGCGCCCAACAAGCAAUCGAAGUUGGGUUUUCGAGCUUCCGCUCCGGCUGCGGUUCUGGCCCGGCGUGGGCUCGAAUUUCCGAGAAUAGUGGCGGUGGCGGCGUGGCCAUGUCGACGGAGGCCAUCGAAGAGCGGCUUACCGGCGUGCCGGUUUACGCUCUCAGCAACUCCUCGCAGGAAUUCGUGUUGAUUUCAGGAGCAAACGGAAAAUCUGUUGGGUUGUUCUGUUUCAAGGAAGACGAUGCUGAGGCUCUUCUUGAGCAAAUGAAAUCCAUGGACCCCGUCAUGCGCGAAGGCUCAAAAGUGGUUGCUGUUGCUCUAAACAAGGUUUUUCAGCUUAAACUUGAUGGUGUGGCCUUUAGGUUGAUACCGGAGAUAUCUGAAAUAGAAAAUGCAAUAAAGGAGAGACAAAAGGCUGGUUUUCGAGAUGAAAGCUUUGCUGGGGUUCCUGUUUUCCAGUCAAGGAGCUUAAUUUUGAGGAGCCAGGGUAAAAGAUAUCGACCUGUUUUUUUCAGGAAGGAGGACCUGGAAAAGUCACUAUUGAGAGCUUCUCGUCAGCAGAAGAGAUUGAAUCCUGUCUUAAGAGAGGGUGAUAUUCAGGUUGCUGUUCUUGAGGAUAUAAUACAAGGGAUGAAGGACAGUACCAUGGCAACAUGGGAUGAUGUCGUCUUCAUCCCUCCUGGUUUUGAUGUUUCAGCGGAUCCUUCCCAGAAGUAGAUUGCUCCAUUUGCUGGUUCAGCUAAAUAUCACGGCCAACUUAGCGGUUUGCCUCUUUUCCUGUAGGCCUAUGGCAUAUGAGUAAACCAACUACCGGUAAGCAUGGAACUUGUGAAGUCAUUCUCCGAACACUGCAAUUCUCUUGUGUAACUUCUCUAGGAAAAUGCACUUUACUUGAUUACUUUGCUGUACCAUAUCAUAGAAGAAAUAUAUCCUCUGUUUUCCAGAUUUGAAUUGUUUGAAAACAUAGCUUUUCUUUCUUCUUAGUCUGGUCGAAAUUAUUUGUAACCUCUAUGAUUUAGCAGAGGCCAAUUUUGGCUUGUUGAUUGAAGUUAUAUGAAGAAA